GUGGAAUAACCUCUCGCUUUCCCUUCGUACAGGGUUAGAAGACUGUUUGGUAAAUCGCCGAAAAGGAAAUAACCGCUUUCCUAAUACUUGGAACCGUCCAGGUCUUGGUAAACUGGCUAUUACAAAAACAAAGAAAAUGUUUGUUUUAUCGAACUUCACGAUCUAAUUUUGGAUGAAAUGUGAAAGAAGUAUGGCACAGGCAGCUAGAAACGCAUACAAGUAUUUGAAGCAGGCAUUGCUGGUUUAGAUCAGGGGCCCUUUCGUGUGUCGUUGCCUUCUGCUGAACCUCCAACCAAUUUUACGUCUGGGAAGUCUGAUUUCCGCACAGCACUGCACAAUGCACCAUCCUUUAGAACUGGGAGCUCAUUAUUUUCCUGCAGAUGCUCUGUCUGAUCAUAGAUCUCACAGAUACCGGAGUUUUAUGAUUGAGGAGAUUCUAACCGAUCCCCCAGACCCCAAAGUAUCCGCGCCAACUGGAGAAUUCCUGAAGUUUGGGGUGCAGGCCCUGCUUUCGGGGCGUCCUUACCACAGCCACCUGGUACUGAAACCAGAUCCGGCCGCAGGACUCUUCAAGUUUCCUAUCGGCCCGACCAUUUCCUGCUCACCCCUUGGUUCCGCUCUGCUGGCUGGAAGUUCGAACUUACAGAAUGGCUCCAGCGCGCACCACUUACCCUUGGAUAUGCACCUUCGAGCUAAAUUGGAAGCAGCAGGAUCCGAACCUAUAGGCUGCAAAGCAAAAAAAGGUCGCAGAAGUCGAACAGUGUUCACUGAACUGCAGUUGAUGGGUCUUGAAAAACGAUUUGAGAAACAGAAAUAUCUUUCAACGCCAGACAGGAUAGACUUGGCAGAAUCUUUGGGUCUUAGUCAAUUACAGGUGAAAACAUGGUACCAAAACAGAAGAAUGAAAUGGAAGAAGAUUGUGUUACAGGGUGGAGGUCUUGAAUCACCCACCAAACCUAAAGGCCGGCCGAAAAAAAAUUCUAUUCCAUCAAGUGAACAAUUGUCAGAGCAGGAACGACUCAAGGAUGCCGAAAAACAAUCAGACAGUAGUUCUCCACCUUUGGAAGUCAACCAAGAGGAAUGAUUUCGUUUGAUGCUUACCAGCAAAAGGACAAUAAUGGAAUCUUUUUGUGACAAAACUGUUCAGGCUGUUGACCAGCAGCAGACAUGAAUCAAGUGCAGCAUAUCCAUCGGCAAGCAGGACUAAUGUGUUAUUGACUGAUAUCUGCUGCCGACCUUUCUAAGUUUUUUGUUUCCACUAUGUGGAUUCCAGUGUAAGUAUACUUAGUUGAAGAAAAUGUUCCUUUCUCACCCAGCAAUUUCAUUCCAGUGAAGGAGACGAAGGAGUAAAAUGGUCAGUGAAUUAACAUUAUGAUUUAUAUUGACAUCUGUAUUUAUAUUUUAUUUGAACGAUUAGUUCCCUGUGCAUGUGUAGACUCAGUCAAAAACGUUUUUGUGUAAAGAUUUUAUUAAAAUAUGAUUACGUACCAUGUCUAAAAAAAUGAAAGAACAUUAAUUGCAAGCCUCGUAGCAAUUAAAAAAUAACCUGUGGUGUCCCAGAUAUUAAAUAUUUAAAUGGCAUUACACAUGCAGUAAAUAUCAACCAUGGUUUAAUAAACACAUUUUGAUAAAAGACUUAA